AUGGCAGCGAAAUUUGUAGCGCGAGCGGUGUUUCCGCCAGUCGAGUCGCUUCCUAGAUCGUACUUCUUGGGCCAUCAUGCUGCCGGUCUCUCCAAGAUGAACACGCUGCUAUCGCAGAUUGACCUGAUUGUCGAGUGCCGUGACUACAGAGUACCACUAACCUCUCGUAACCCCUUGUUCGAACAGAGUCUAGCAGGUCGCGAGCGCAUCAUCAUCUACACCAAGCGCGAUUUGGGCAGCAACAACAAGCCCGCAGAUAGAGAGGUCAGUCCACUUGUCGCAAUCUGCUCAGCCCCUUCUGACACAGUGAAACAGAGAGAGGACAUUAUUCGCAAAUGGCACAAACCCUCCGAAGUCUUGUUCUCUGACCACAAGGACAAGAAAGAUAUCCGUAAAGUCUUGGACUUCGCUCGCCGCUACUUCGAGAACAGCACCUCUUUGACUGGGUCGCGCAUCAUGGUCGUCGGUAUGCCCAACGUCGGAAAAUCGUCCUUGCUCAAUGCAUUACGAAAAGAAGGAGUCGGANAGGGAAAGGCUGCACACACGGGCGCACAGCCAGGUGUAACACGCAAGAUUUCAACAAGCGUCAAGAUUAUCGACAGUACCGAAGAUGGUGAGGGCGUCUAUCUGCUGGACACUCCUGGUGUCUUCAUACCAUACGUCCCAGACGCCGAAGCCAUGCUCAAGCUUGCGCUGUGCGGCAACGUCAAAGACACGAUUAUCCCUCCUGCCACUCUCGCCGAUUACCUCCUCUAUCGUGUCAAUUUAAUCGACCCUAAGCUCUACAAAGAAUACUGUCCGCCCACCAACGAUAUCAUCGAACUGCUCAAUGCCAUCGCAAACAAGACCGGCCGCUUGCAAAAGGGCGGUGAGCCGGAUACUGAAGCUACCGCUCUCUGGAUGAUUCAACGUUGGAGGAACGGUCUCUGGGGGCGCUUCCUGCUCGACGAAGUCACCGAAGACGGCUUGCAAAAGAGAAUCAUGGAAGAGUCGAGCAUGGGUGGCAGUUUAAAUCAGGCACGACGAGCCGACAAGGAGGCUCGAAAAUUGCGCAACAUUAAGAGGCAUUCUGGAACCAGUGAGUGA